CUUAGUUAAUAUUCAUAAGUCGUCCCUUCGCCGUAGUAGGAUUGGUAAGUUCACGCCGUGGAAGCAGGUUGAAAUCCAGCUGCUUGCACGAGACCGUAUCAGCGCUGCGAGCCACAGCACCCACAACAUGGCUGGGAAAAUCCAGACUCUUACUAUGGAGGAGAGGGAGCACCUCCUGCCCAUGAUGAGGAAUGCUCAGUGGGUGGAGGUGGUGGGGAGAGAUGCCAUUUACAAAGAGUUUCUCUUCAAAGACUUCAACCAGGCUUUUGGGUUCAUGUCCAGAGUAGCACUGCAGGCUGAGAAAAUGGAUCAUCACCCUGAAUGGUUUAACGUGUAUAAUAAGGUUCAGAUCACCCUCAGUACUCAUGAAUGUGGAGGUCUCUCGCAGCGUGACAUCACGCUUGCAACCUUUAUAGAUCAGGCCUCUGUCCUCUGAAUGGACCCCGUCACCUGACCACUUGUUAAUCAACCUCUGUAGCCUGGAAACUGGACCAAAAAUAUUGUUUAACUUCAUUUACCACAGUUAUCACUCUGUCAGUUUUGACUGUGUAAGGUCUGCCUGUUACGCAUAAUCAUUUUCCAAUAAGCAUUAAUAGAGAGAUUUUCAGUCAGGAGAAAUUUCAUCUUAAUAAUAUUACAUUCACACAGUAUAUAAACAUACUAUCCACCUUUUUCUUGAACGAGGAAGUAAGCCUAUGGGUGAGGCUUCCGGUUCAUUCGAUGCUAUAGGAAAAUAACAAUGUGCAGUAAACGGUAAAACUGUUUGUACUAGACACCAGUGUGUUCCUAAUUAGGAUAAUACAUUAAAAUCACAUGAUAGGACACGCCAAUUUUCAAUAUCAAGCAACAAAACGAAAUGUUUUGUACUACAAAAAAUAACUGGACAAAAAGGUGGUGCCUUUUUUUCACCAGGAAAAGGUGGAUAUGUUGAGAGAUGAGAAUUGUUAGCACACUAAAGAGACCGGUUUAGCACUAUCACUCUGUUCUAUGGCUUAAAAUAUAUUUUUUAAGUAAAUAUACGGUGCCUUCUUUUCCAUUUGAUGUGUUCCAGCGAUGACAUGGUUAGUGCCUCAGUGAAGUGUAUUAAACUGAAUAUUUGCCAA